AUGUCUUCGUUCUGGGGAAACUCGCAAGCCGGCGUGCCUCCGGAGACCGCCAACAACUCGUCGUGGUGGUCCAACAUCCAAAACGGAAUCCGACUGCCCACCACCGAGACGGAAACCAUGGCUGAAAACGCCGGAGUGGACACCCAGAUUGCCGAGCCCGAGUGGUUCAAGCUGUCGUGGUGGGACCGUAUGAUUGUGUUUGGCGUGUGUCUGGCCGGCGCCGUGGUUUGUUUUGCCAUCUGCUUCCUCAUCAUGCCUGUGCUGGUGCUCAAGCCUCGAAAGUUUGCGGUUCUGUGGACUCUGGGCUCCCUUUUGUUUGUCAUUUCCUUUGGCGUGCUGCAGGGCCCUGUUUCCUACGUCAAGCAUCUGGUCAGCAAGGAGCGAUUGCCGUUCACCGUUGCCUUCUUUGGCUCCAUCUUCGCCACUCUCUACUUUUCGCUCGGCAUGAAGAACACCCUGUUGACUAUCAUCGCUUGUGUAGUGCAGUUGGUCGCCGCCAUUUGGUACGCGGUGUCGUACUUCCCCUUUGGACACCAGACGAUGCGAUUUGCAAGCAGAGUGGGUGCUAGACAGGUCACUGGGUGGAUUAACAGCUGA